GGGCGGGCAGGUAGGCUGCGCCUCACUCGCGACCAGGACAUGAGCGCAUGACGCGCGGGAGGGGACAGUUCUCUGGCGGAGCCGCUGAGGGAAAGAAACCUCGCCGGGAAGGCGGAAGAAGGAACCUCGUCAUUCCCGGGAUUUUUGCGCUUUCCUUCCCCGCCUGAAGCCAGUUUGCAAGUCUCUCCUGGGGCAGGAAAGCUGCGUAGAGAAAGGCUGAGCGCGGUGAGGCUGCGCUGCGCCAGAAAGAAAAAGGCGCCUUCUUGGUUCCGCUCCCGGUGCUUGUGGGAGCGCAGGGCGCCCGCGAGGUGUGGUUGCGAGUGAGGCGGCGGCGGCGGCAGGAAGGUGCUGUGGUCGUUGGUUGAGCCUUGGGAGAAAAGUGCCCGGGCGAAAAGCGGCACUUGAAGAGUCCGGGAGUUCCCAUUUCUGAGAGGCGUCCAGUGCGCUCCAAUAUCUGGCUGCUCAGAAAGAAGUCCCCUUGUGAAGCCGCUGAGACUUACUCCCAGGUAAGUGGGCGCCGAGCUGGAAUCGCGGAAGCGCAGCUGGAAGGCUGCGACCCUCAUAAAUGUAGGUGAGAGACGCGGGGCGUAGUUUUCUCUUGACUGCACGCAGCAAAGUUUCUGGCGAAGCUGGGCCUCCUUGUGUAUAGGGAAAACAAGGGAAAGGGGUGGGGUAAUGGUGUAACCGACUAGCUAGCCAUUGUUUUCUUAGGUGGCUUGACGCUGAUACCCGUUAUGUGCGUGACUCCUGCUUCCUGUGCACACAUAUUUAUGAUUUUCUGUAAGAUGGUGGAACUGUGAGUAUAGUUAACGUUUUGCCCUCUGCUCGGGAAGCCUUAACUCUUAAUCCUGUGUAUGGUGCUAGCAUUCUUCAUGUAGUCAAAGGUACUCUGUUAAUAGAUUCACAUGCCUUCGUUUUGGUUUAGAAGUCCAGUCAAAAACUGAUUAAAAGGCUUGUUUUGUUUUGUUUUUUUAAAUUAUAAUGAUAGAAGAAGAAAAAUAUAUCAGCUGUUUUCUUUAGAAGAUUUAAGGACUUUAGAAGAUGUUGGGUUUUUUUGUUUUUUUUGCAGACUCUCAAAGCAGGAAUUCAGUUUGCUUUUCCUUUUGUCAAGCACAGUAUAUGUGAAACCAGGAAAUGAAAAGGAAUCUUUUCACUCUUUUGAUUUCUGAAACAGGGGAAAGGACCACAAAUGUCUUCAAGGAAUGCAUCGUCAGAGCGCAGACCAGGACAACACAGUCGGUCAGUCCAUUAUGAUGAAGUGAAUGUGGAUUAUUCUUCAGAAGAAGAUGCUGAAAGGGAUUUUCAAGAUGCUGGACACAUACUUAACACAGAUCCCUUGCCACCACCUCUUCCACUACAGCCACCCUUUGGCCCUGAAUUUUAUCCAAGUGACAGCGAAGAAACUGCUGGAGCCUCUGAUCUUAAACCAGUGAGAAAAUUCAUUCCAGACUCGUGGAAAAACUUCUUCAAAGGGAAAAGAGACGGCCCUGAAUGGAAUAAGCCAGUAGCUGCGAUUUCUGGGGGAGCUGAAUGCUCUCCACCAUCAUCUCCAACACUUACUCCGGUGAAGCCAGGCAAUACUUCAGUUCCAAGCUCAUACCAGGAUCCUUAUGGAGGAUCGGGGGGAACCUACAAUUCACGGAAAGAAGCUGAAGCUAUGCUUCCACAAGAUCCCUACGGCUCCCUAGAGAGGCACACACAAACUGUUCUAGCAUACAGUGAGAAAGUAGAAGCCUUUAAUUUGAGAUACUCUUACAUGAAAUCUUGGGCCGGCUUGCUCAGGAUCCUGGGAGUUGCCGAACUGCUGUUGGGUGCAGCUGUGUUUGCCUGUGUUACAGCUUACAUUCACAAAGACAAUGAGUGGUACAACUUGUAUGGCUACUCUCAGCCACAUGGGGCAAGCAGCAUGUAUGGAUAUGGAGGGGGAAGCAGCAUGUAUGGAGGCUAUUACUACAGUGGGCCUAAAACCCCUUUCGUUCUUGUUCUUGCAGCACUUGUUUGGAUAGUGACUGUUAUAAUUCUAGUACUUGGUAUGUCCAUGUAUUACAGGACAAUUCUUCUAGAUUCCCACUGGUGGCCUUUAACCGAGUUUGGAAUUAAUGUUGCCUUGUUUAUUUUGUAUAUGUCAGCUGCGAUAGUCUAUGUGAACGAUGCUAACAGAGGAGGACUUUGCUACUACCCAUUAUUUAAUACGCCAAUGAACGCAAUGUUUUGCCGUAUAGAAGGGGGGCAGACAGCUGCAAUUAUCUUCUUGUUUGUAACAAUGAUAAUCUAUCUUGUUGGCGCAAUCGUUUGCCUAAAACUAUGGAGGCAUGAAAGUGCACGGAAACAGCGAGAGCUUAUGCAACAAGAGGUAAGUUCUGUAGAAAACAGUUGUUCCUACCAUACAUUUAGUUUGUAAAAUAGUUAGUGUCAUUUAUUCACUGGCCUGGAUAGGACACAUAAAUCUCAAUUUACUAAAGCCAAGGUGUCCUAAAACCAUGUGCUUGUGUCUUGUGUCCCCUUGCUACCCCAUCCAUCCUUUGUGUAAGUAAACAAUUAUUAACCAAAAAAAUCCCAUUGCAGUACAAGGAGGAAACUUCGAUAACCAGGACUGAAAUAAACUGCCUGCUUCUAAUCUCAGUAACUAUUGGAAAGCAAAGGAAACCAUAUUUCACUAAUUCAGGGAUUGUUAAUAAUAAUAAUAAUAAUAAUAAUAAUAAUUAUUAUUAUUAUUUUUAUUUAUACCCCGCCCUCCCCAGCCAAGGCCAGGCUUACAAGCAAUAAUAAAAACAAGUUGAAUUGAUUGUUGAAUUAUGGCAUGCCAAAAAAAGGAGGAAGGAAGGGGCAACAUGAAACAGAGUACCCAGGCACAAGGCUUGUGCAGAAUUUGGCUUAAUCAGCUAAGAUAAAUACAUCUGAACCAGCCCACUAUGUAGAUGUUAUGUCUCCUUACUGUUGUACUUGCUUCUGUAACAGUUGCAUCACUAAACUAAGGACCUGAUUUGAGGCCUUUGAAGUUUUAUAGAUUAUUUUAAUAUUAACUAUGUGCAACUUUUUGCAUAAUUCUGAAAUGAACAUUGUUCAUGCAAGGAUGAGCCUCACUUGGUAGAACAUGAGACCCUUAAUCUCAGGGUUGUAGGUUUAAGCCCCACAGGCAACAAGAUUCCUGCAUUGCAGGGGGUUGGACUAGAUGACCCUCCCAACUCUACAAUUCUGUGAGUCUAUGAAUAAUUUCGCCUAAACAGAAUUGAGUUCAAGUAAUAUAUACUUUGUUGAGGUUCUGUGUAUGUGACCACAUAAUGUCAGUAUAAUAGGUGGAGUUUGCUUGUGAAUGUACCUAAUCAAAAUACCUUCAGCAGUGUUAACUACACUGAUACUACAUUGUCUUGUGGAGACAUAUAUCGGUGCUUUUGACCAGAGAUUAAACUUUGCUGCCUUGCAACAUUCCAGGAUCUGAGAGCACCUCCUCCUCCCAAGUUUCUCUGCUUCCUACUUUCAAAGGAGAGUCAAAAUAUACCAUUGCUGCUUCCAGAUGGCCUAGCACCAAAAACAGACAGGGGAAUCUUUUGGUCCUUUCCCCUUCCCUAAUUCUGUCAGAAGGGGAAAGAAGGGCAGGACAGAGCUUCUUCUCCUUCAUUUUUCCUGAAAAUCCAGAAUAGCUGGGACAUUUUCAAAGAAAGAUGAAGAGGAACUAUAUCAGCAGACACUACCAGUGAGGUUCCAAGGAAGGAUAGAAACAGUAUGCACCUCUUUCCACUGGUUGGAUUUAGGGAGAAGCGCAAUCUCUUUUUGCCUUUUUUUCCGCCCCAGAUGUCUGCGUGUUAAGGCUUUUAUUGUCUACAUUUGCACACUUAAUGAUGAUGUUUUUGGUUUUUUAUUAGAUGAUAACGACGCAAUCUUUUGCCCCAAAAAGGAUGGUAAGAACAACACUUUUUUUUCUAUAUUCAAAUGCUGAGUACUUUCAGGGCCUGAACUACUUUAGUUUCAACAAGAAUUCGGAUAAAAUAGGUAAAAUAGGUAAAGGUUGAGACACACUUGACAACAGGGGCCACCAGAGAGGCAACUAUCAUAAUCCUCUCCUGUCAACAUGGGGGUGAGGUGUAUGUGAUAGAAUUGCACUCUUAUUUCUGAUCACUCUACUCCAUGCUAAAUUAGUGCUGUUUAAAGUGGAUUUACUGACUGUUGUUGACUGUUAAUAUCCAUUUUACAUAGUAUGAAGAUGGCAGUCCCAAAGUAGCAACAAACGCAAAGAACUUCAAGUCUGUGGAACUGAAACCUGAACUACUCAAUGGCCAUAUACCUGCAGGACAUAUUCCUAAACCUAUAGUGAUGCCAGACUACUUAGCGUGAGUCUCUCUGCAACCUUCCUUUUGAAGCUUUCUCUUGGAGUGAUAAAUCCCAAUGACCGACUACAGAUGAUCACAUCUUGGCUUAAUAAUAUAUGAAUGAAUUGAGAUGUGAGCCUUCUGCUCCUGCUUUCACAGCGUUAGCAAACAAACCAGGGAGUCUUCAGCUAGUCAUAAUUUCUCAUUUCAUCCAAACUAGGGAAUUACAUUUACUUGCUUUGGAACAAGUCAGGAUAUUAAACAUUGGUUUGAAGUUGGUGUGAUAACAUGGUUUGUUCUGAAGCCAGUAAUCAUCAUUUUCCAGUUUGGAUGAAACAGGAAACCAUGAAUAAUGAGGGGCUUUUUGGUUUAACCAAAUUAGAUGGCUUAAAUUAGGUGACUUUGUGUUUGGUGGGAAAAGGUUUGUUUCUAUACUAUUGCUGACUUUUAACCACCUAAUUAUAUUUUCAUAUUAGAACUGUAUCUGGAAAUCAAUGCCUUGUACAGCAUUCUGUUCUUGCAGAUAUUGAUUUUGAGUGCAUAGUUUUUAGCUAUAAAGCAUUUCAAAUUACAUCAUGCAAAGGAGACUUCCCAUAUUGAUUUCUGUUAAUUAAAAAAAGUUCUCUUUGAACUUUUGAGUUUGAAUCACUUAGUAUCAAGUGCCAAUAACAAUUUUAUUGUUGACAUAUUGCCAAGCCCAAACCUCUAUUCUAAAGCAGAGUCUGCAAUUAGCCUGCCAUCCAGGUUAUAACCAAUGAAAUUGUUUGGGAAACAGUCCAGGUGAUUUGACUAAAUAAACCAAGUUGUACUCUACAGAGGGUGGGAGGUAAUCUAAGAUUGUUGUAGUCUUUUCUAAUUUGAGUCACAAUUUUCAUGUGGCAAUACACUUUUACAAGGUUUUUUUGUCUUUUCAAAAAUCCAUAAUGCAUACAUUUGAAGCUUACAUAGAUGGUUGAUCCUGUAGGACUAAUUAUAGUUUCUUACAGGAAAUACCCAGCAAUUCGUUCAGAUGAGGAAAGAGACCGAUAUAAAGCUGUGUUUAAUGAUCAGUUUUCUGAAUAUAAAGAGCUUUCUGCUGAGGUUCAUGCAGUCUUAAAGAAAUUUGAUGAGCUAGAUGUGUUGAUGCAGAAGCUUCCUCAGCAGCCUGGAAACACUCUUGUAAGUACUUACCAUAAUUGAGCAUGGAUUUAAAAAUUGCAUUUAUAAGCAGUUUUGGCUGGAGUCACAUGGCAACCUAGACAUUGGAUCACCACAAUCCUUUACAUUUAGCAAGCCAAAGACAUUUUAGUUUGGUUGCUGCAGAAAAUUGUUGCUUGAGAUAGCAGCGAAAAGCACUUGGUAGUCAGUCAUCUAGCUGUGAAAUUAUUACCGUAUUUUUCGCCCUAUAGGACGCACUUUUCCCCCUCCAAAAAUGAAGGGGAAAUCUGGGUGCGUCCUAUGGGGUGAAUGCAGGCUUUCGCUGAAGCCUGGAGUGUGAGAGGGGUCGGGGGGCCCCGCCCCCGCUCGCUCUCCAGGCUUCAGGAAGCUAUCCGCAAGCCUUGGGAGCCCACGGGAGUUCCCGCCGGGCUCCCACGGCUUGUGGAGAGCUGCCUGCAUCCCGAAGCCUGGGGUGCACUUUGCUCAGCGCGCCCCAGGCUUCAGGCUUCGCGCAGCUCUGCACAGGAGAGCUGUCUGCAUCCCUGCGGACAGAAGCCUGUUCUGGGGUCGGGGGAAGCUCGGGCUUUCCCCCCCCUUUAUUCCCCCCCCCAAAAAAAACUAGGUGCGCCCUAUGGGGCGAAAAAUACAGUAGAUUACUAGUAACCACCACAUGCUCCCUUUUGUCCCAUUCCCUUCAAAACCAGAAGGACCACAAAUUUUUGAACUGAAGUAGCAAUAUUCAGGAUUAAUAUAGCUUAGUUGUUAUAGGGUUUUGCUGUUGUUCAGCUCCUGCAGUUUCAACCUAGCAAAGCAGAUGACCUCUCUAGGAAUGGUAUUCUGAACUUGUACUAUGGUUACAUAAAAAAAUAUUAGGACAGAAGAAAAUUAAUAUGUUAUUUGUGGACAUAAUAGACAUGAUAUUUUGAAAUGCUGUUUUCCCCCCUCUACAGGAACAUGACAGAAUUGCAAAUGUUUUGCAACAGUAUAGAAAGAAAAAGAAUGUGAGUUCUCGUAUCUACUUAUUUAUGUAAUUACUGAUUGUUAAUGUGCAUAAUGUUUUAACAGAGCAGUAACAAAAAUACCCCUGCCCUGAGUUGUUUUACAUAGUAAUUUUUGGCACAAGGAAGGCAAAGGGCAGAGAGGUAGGGAAUAAGAAUGAAGGGGAGGGCCAACAGGAAGAACAUGUGUCCUAGUUGCACGUACUUCAGCUUUGUUUGGGUUGGAGAUGAGGACUUUGCUUAAAAUUCUUCACAUAAAAGGUGGAUUUUGAGAGAGAAUUUGAGGAAGGGGCAUCAGAAAAAGAGGGGGUAUCACUCAGUUCUAGCAGGCAGUUCCAUUAAUAAGGCUGAAAGUCAUAAGUGGGUUUCCAUUCAAAUACUAGUUUUCAUUCACAAUGUGGUAACAUGACCUUCCAGGAUAAGAACUUGCCCUAGAUUUAAGUUUUCAUUAUUCUGGCAUUGGAUUUAAAAAAAAAAUCAUUGCAUGUAUACAUUUAAAUGUAUUACUUCCCAAUCUCAAAUGUUAAGGUUUGCUGACAAAAUAUAAAAGAAACCCAGCAAAACAAAAUAACACUUCAUGAGAUUUAUUGAAAUUACCCUUUGUGACUUGACCCACCUACCUCUGCAGGUUUCCACAAAAUAAAUUACUGAUCUGUUUAUUCUCUGUAUUGCAGGAUCCCACAUUUCUUGAGAAAAAAGAACGUUGUGAAUAUCUAAAGAAAAAGCUUUCUCACAUAAAACAGAGAAUUCAAGAUUAUGACAAAGUUAUGAAUUGGAAUGCUUAGGGGGGACUUUAUUUGCAAGGUUUUAGUUCAGUGGUUUUUUUAUAUUUAUUUAUUGCCAUAACUGUAUAAACAUUCUGCUGUGAAAUGAAUUUUUAAAUCUUGUGAAAUUUUAUUACUGGGCUGACUGGCACAUAAUGCUAAACCAUGGUUUACUGCUAUUUGCACAAGCUGGAACAAGAUUGAGCAAAGCCUUGGCUUUCUGUGCUCCCUUCCCCUCCCCUCAUGCAGCUGAGAGGACUUUGGUUUCCAGCUAAUCUGGGUUUGCCAUUCAGAAUCAGAGACUGUGGAUUAAAACUAUAAUAAGUUUUUGAAACAAGCCAUCUUCAAACCAUUAUGAAGCUGGCUUGUUUAACUAACCAGCAUUUUAAACAAGUUUUUCAUUUGCUAUUAACAAGAAGUCUGGGUUAAUGGAAACGACAUGCUAGCAUAUAUUCCUUCUUUCAGCCCCAUAGGACGAGAAGGGAAGAAUGAGUGCUUAAACCCAAGGCUUUAGUCAUACUUCGGGUUGCGAAUGCAGUGGGUUACGCGUUUUCAGGUUACGGACGCGCCAAACCCAGAAGUACCAGAACAGGUUACUUCUGGGUUUUGGAGCUCGUGCAGAACCGCUAAAUCGCACUUUGUGCGUGUGCAGAAGCGCUGAAUCACAUCACACACAGAUGCGGCGCUGCAGGUUGUGAACGCUGCGGGUUGCGAACGUGCCUCCCACAUGGAUCACGUUUGCAACCUGAGGUUCCACUGUACUUGGACUCCUUCCUUUUUCCCACGUGGUUUAGCAUUGUGUGUGACAGGCCGUUAUCUUGAACAAAUUUUAAGGUUUUACUUCAUUUAUGUAAAUUUUGUACUUUAUGUUCCUGCUCCUUGAUCAUAUAUAAAUGCAAUUUGAGUGUUUCCUUUUGCUGCUUGAUUAUUUUUUUGCUUUUAAUUUGGAUGUUGGCUUCUUGUAAAUGUGAAUCUGUUGUGUCUGAAAGUACGAUUGUGAUAAUUAGGUUUAUGUAACAGCCUGCCUGCUUGCUGGUGUGUGCACAUAACACACACAUUCCUAACUGCCCAACAAAUUAUCAGUACUGUCAGUAAGGCUGAUUCCCUCUUUGAAAGACUGAAGAGUCACUUACUUCCCAAGUAAGUAAUGCUCUUAAGGCUAAGAGUGCUGAUUUCCCAGUUCUCUGUGAACAUGGUUCCCAGUGAAGUGUUGGGAACUCUUAUAUUCAGCACCAAGUUCUAAGUAGAGAAAUUUUCAUUCCUUUAUGUUGAGCACCAUUUUUGUACAAUGGGAUUUGGAAACAGAAACCUGUUGCCCAAAGUUCUGCUCGCCAGGUUCCAUUGUUUGAGCAGCUCCUCCUCCUUGCCCAGUUCUUUCUGUUGUUGUUACAAUCCUUUGGGUCAGUUUCACAAACCAGUAAAUACAUUUUUUCCUAUUUAAAAAUACAGUGGUACCUCAGGUUACAGACACUUCAGGUUACAGACUCCGCUAACCCAGAAAUAGUACCUCAGGUUAAGAACUUUGCUUCAGGAUGAGAACAGAAAUUGUGCUCCGGCGGCGCAGCGGCAGCGGGAGGCCCCAUUAGCUGAAGUGUUGCUUCAGGUUAAGAACAGUUUCAGGUUAAGAAUGGACCUCCAGAACGAAUUAACUUCUUAACCCGAGGUACCACUGUACUAACCUUUCUGUCUACUACCUUAUUCAGAAACUUUCUCUGUAGCUCUUAAUCACGGAACAUUUAAAUAACUGAAGCAGUCAUUCAAGGGCCUACUUUUGCCUUGCAGCAAAAUAAUCAAUUUGUAUUAGUAAAGUUGAUGGAUCAAACCCCUGUCUAAUUGUGCCACAACCUUCAAAAAUUUAUGAAUGACUGCUGGGAUACCUCAGUCGGUAGAGCAUGAGACUCUUCAUCUCAGGGUCAUGGGUUUGACCCUGAGCAUGGGCAAAAGAUUCUUGCAUUGCAGAGGGUUGGACUAGAUGACUUUUGUGGUCCCUUCCAAAUCUACAAUUUUAUGAUGUUUAAAUUCAGAAAGCACUGUUCUCUGCUAUGCGCAGCUCUCAAGUUCUCUCACUCAAGGACAAAAAUGAGUUUUAUAGUGACGACUGCCCUUAUGGACGUGAUGCAAAAUACAGUGGUACCUCGGGUUACAUACGCUUCAGGUUACAGACUCCACUAACCCAGAAAUAUUACCUCGGGUUAAGAACUUUGCUUCAGGAUGAGAACAGAAAUCACGCGGUGGCGGCACGGCAGCAGCGGGAGGCCCCAUUAGCUAAUGUGGUGCUUCAGGUUAAGAACAGUUUCAGGUUAAGAACGGACCUCUGGAACGAAUUAAGUACUUAACCCGAGGAACCACUGUAUAUGAAAGGAGGAAGCUGAAGAAGGGCACCUGCAUACUGCCUAAAAAGCAGAUGAACCUCAAAGGAAGCUAAAGAAAAUAGUUUUAUUUGAAAAAAGUACAGCAAUUGAAUGGCAUGUCUAAUGCAUUUUGAGUGUACCAUAACCUCUUGUUCAGACAAUAGUCAUUUCUUUUCCCCAAAAUAUUAUAUUGUUUGUGCUUAAUUGUAGAAGGGGAUUAGUUUCCUUACCUUUGGGAAAGGAGGUGGCUACAGCCUGAUAAAAAGGUUUAUAGUCAAACAAGCUAGGUAAGACAUAAAACGGGAGUGCUACUGCAAAUGAAGCAAUGUUUUCACUUUGAGGUUUGUUUUUUGGUUUGAAAAUUGGUGCUGAUAUCUUUUUCUUGGUGAAAUGUAUCCUUGCCAAAUAUUUAGCACUGAACUGCUGACAGAACUAAUAAUCUCAGGUGGAAUGGGAGGUUCAUUUCAAUCUUUCAUUGCCCACACAACAGCUUACUAUCCAGUGUAACAGCAGAUCCAUAUGUUGGAGUUUGUGUUCAGUGCAUAAAUUGCUGCUGCUGGAUAAAGGUGACUAUUUGUAAAUAGAAACAUCUGUUCCCACCUGAACAGGAGGGGGGAAUCCUUCGGUAAACAUUGUGUGCCUGUCUACACUGCGCCUUAUGGCAAACAUUUGCAUGUUUUAAACAUUAGUAUUUAUAUACAGUGGUGCCUCGCAAGACGAAAUUAAUCCGUUCCGCGAGAGUCUUCGUCUAGCAGUUUUUUUGUCUUGCGAAGCAAGCCCAUUGACGGAUUAGCGCUAUUAGCGCUAUUAGCGGUUUAGCGGCUAUUAAAGGCUUAAAGGCUUAGGGGAUUAGCUGCUAAAAGGCUAUUAAAGGCUAUUAAAGGCUUAGCGGAUUAGAUAAGGGGGGGGGGAGCGAAAAAAAAAUCUCACGACUCGCAAGGUAUUUUCGUCUUGCGAAGCAAGCCCAUAGGGGAAUUCGUCCUGCGAAGCAACUUCAAAACGGAAAACCCUUUCGUCUAGCGGUUUUUCCGUCUUGCGAGGCAUUCGUCUUGCGGGGCACCACUGUACUCUAUUAUCCUGAUCUUUAAAGAAAAUUUCAGCUGUUGGCAAUCAACUUCUAAUCUUUUGUACUGAUUUUACAAAAUAUUUUUCUAAUAAAAAUAAGAGGCACUGAAA